UACUAAGCUAAUGGUUUAUUCGGGUAAGCUUUAAUCUUUAUGAAUAUGUGUAAGAACAUGUUCAUAGAAGUUAAUUUCUGAGGAGAGUUGAACUUCUUUUGCAUUAGGAGUUUCAGAAAGAAUAUGUUUUUAAUGAUCGAUUGUGAGUUGGGUAUUGUCUUUUUUCCCGUUGUAUACUUGGAAUUCAACCCAAUCUUUAUAUGGCAACAAAUCAAGCAUGAUUCACUGUUUCCUAGUUUUGUUCUUUUCAGUCUCAUCCCCCAUUCAUACCAGAUUGUCUCUGUCUUUCAUCUUUUUACACUCUUUUUCUUGAAUGCUUUGUGGGUUUUUCUUCUCUCCCUCUUGCUCCACUCUGUCAAUCCGGGUACCCAUUUUAUCCAAAAAGAUUGAAGCUGCUGUUCGAAGCGAUUAGCGUACUGCAUAUGUUCUGCUAGCCCGUGUUGCAGAAGUUAAGGUGGGAUGGGGCGGGCAACAACGUUGUUUCUGGUGCUACUGUCGUUUGGGUUUUUUCUGGCGACUUAUAAUUUGAUGAUGACAAUCGUCCACUACAAAAUAUAUGGGUAUGAGGAGUGGAUCUUCAGUGGUUUGGGCAGCCAAUCUCGUGGUGAUCCAGUUCUGCAGAUGCCCGAGAAACCGGGAGGCCCGGGAAUGGGGAAACCGCGAUUCCACAUUGCUGUCACAGCUGAGAGCUCUCUUUAUAGCAAAUGGCAAAGUAGGAUUAUGUACUACUGGUACAAGAAACAGAAGGAUUUGCCCGGAUCAGAGAUGGGGAAGUUCACGCGAAUUCUCCAUACUGGAGCGCCCGACAAUCUGAUGGAUGAAAUCCCGACAUUCAUCGUUGAUCCCCUCCCAAAAGGCCUGGAUUUGGACUAUGUUGUCCUAAACAGACCGUGGGCAUUCGUGCAGUGGCUCGAGAUAGCUACAAUCGAAGAAGAGUACAUAUUGAUGGCAGAACCAGAUCACAUUUUCACAAGGCCUUUGCCUAAUCUGGUUUUGGGGGACAACCCUGUUGGCUUCUCGUUCUUCUAUAUCGAACCAUCUAAACACGAGAGAAUCAUGAGGAAGUUCUUCCCAGAAGAGAAUGGCCCCAUAACCAACAUUGAUCCAAUCGGGAACUCUCCCGUUAUCAUCAAGAAGGAUUUGCUGGUGGAAAUCGCACCAACUUGGUUGAAUGUUUCCGUGAGAAUCAAAUAUGAUCCCGAGGCUGAUGAAACAUUGGGCUGGGUUCAGGAAAUGUACGGUUAUGCUGUAGCUUCUGCUCUGCAUGGGGUGAAACAUGUUCUCAGGAAAGAUUUUAUGAUACAGCCUCCAUGGGAUCUGGAAACCAGAAAAAAGUACAUUCUGCAUUUCACUUAUGAUUUGGACUACACCGCAAAGGGUGAGAUGAUGCCUUAUGGGGUUACUGGAUACUGGGAAUUCAAAAAGAGAAACUAUUUCUUUGCACCGCCUCCUCGAAACUUCUCAUUGCCCCCUCCGGGGACACCAGAAAGCGUGGUGACUCUCAUCGAGAUGAUAAAUGAAGCUACUGCUAACCUUCCUGAUUGGGAUUCGUUGCGGUGAGCUGCCAUGAAGCUCGGGGUUUGAGAUGCAGAAAGGAAAAGGAAAAAAGGAAUGGGAAUGGUAUAGUGUAGUGUACACACAGCACAAGAAGUAGUGGAGUAGUUGGGCUGAUGUGAAAAUUUUGUGCAAUUGAGUGGCAGAUUGAGUGGUUUUGCAUUUGAUCAUAACUUACACACCAUGGGGGGAGCAUAUCAUAUAGCACCACAAUUGCUCUGUGAUGAUAUUGGCACUCACAAUUCUAUUUUUCUCCCUAUUGGUCCCAACCACAUUCCCUUUCUCUAAUUUUCCUUGUGGUCUAUACACUGGUACACAUGAUGUCCACCCAUGGUGAACAAACAUGUCAUUCGCAAGACGAGAUUUAUCCAGACCAUUUUUAUUUUUUUAAUUAAUAAGAAGGGACAAAAGAAAUUUUAAG